AUGCCCAUGUUUAGCUCUGGAAAAUUGCCAAAAAUGAGCACGGUCAUGCCCAUCGACACACCCAAGCCGUGGUGGAAGCUGUUGGCCUCAUUUUGGAACUAUUUUGUGCCCAAUUUCUUUCAUAUGAACACGUUCAUGUCAUCGGAUCUCGCCGUCGCCGUCCCCUUCGUCUGCAAGUCCUGGUACCGCGCCUCCCUCGACCCUAGCUGCUGGCGCCGCCUCAACUUCCGCUCCCUCGAUUUCACACCCUGGAGCCCUUUCUCCCGCGCCUUUGCGCUCCGCUACUGCCUCCACUCCCCCCUCUCCUUCUCCGCCUUCCUCCGUUUCGCCCUCCACUGCUCCCGCGGCGUCGUCGACCAACUCGCCUUCCCCCUUUCCUCUGCCGUCUCCAUCCACGACCUCGCCUAUGCCUCUGUCAAAUGCCUGAGAUUGAAGGCGCUGGCUUUGCCGGACAACCUGAUGCUGGAGGACGACCUUCGAAUCUCGGAGCUGGUGCGGCGGUGGAAGGAUCUGGAGCAUCUAGAGAUGGAGAUAGUUGGCAUCUUCGCCCCGCCCAUCCUCUCUUUCUCGCGCUCCUGCAAUCUGUCCUUUGCUAUCCCCAUCUCCCUCCCCAAACCUUUGUCUUUCGCCACCUCUUCCCUCCCGCGCCUUCACUCACCUCCCUCGCGAAACCCGGGGCCUUUCCGUGCCCAAGUUAGUGUCUCUGCUGCUCAGAAGACAAAAGAUAGGUUGCCAGCCAACCUCAUUGUGACGGAGACCAAAGGGCCUCACUCCAUUGUCUGUACCUUUCCUUUUUCUACCUUCUAA